GACCCGGGAGGAAAGCGCGGAGAACGCGGGGGAGGGUGGCGCCGUGGGCUCCGCGCGGGAGCAGGGGCGGGGGCCCGGGGUCUCCGGAGAGUUGGGGAACACCGGGCAGUUCUCGCCGCUGGUUCCCGGUGGCGCAGGCAGCCCCUGUGUCUGCGAGUGUGUGCAUGCGAAGUUCUCCGGGGUGGCUCUCAGCGCCGGACUCCGCGCUCUUCUCGCUGGCCGCCGCGGGAGUCGCCAGCCGCCACCGCCCAGCCUGUACCUGCCGUCCCCCCCAGUGCUUGGGCACCUGUUGGAGGCACAGACACAGCCAGGGGUGCCACAUGAGGGGCCGCAGGGGCGACCGCAUGACCAUCAACAUCCAGGAGCACAUGGCCAUCAACGUGUGCCCCGGGCCCAUCCGGCCCAUCCGGCAGAUCUCUGACUACUUCCCCCGCCGGGGACCAGGACCCGAAGGCGGGGGCAGGGAUUUCAGGGAGGCCCCUGCUCACCUGGCCCCCCUGGCCCUGGCCCCUCCUGCAGCCCUCCUUGGGGCUACCACACCCGAGGAUGGAGCUGAGGUGGACAGCUACGACUCGGAUGAUACCACCGCCCUGGGCAUGUUGGAGUUUGACCUUCUCUACGACCAGGCCUCCUGCACUCUGCACUGUAGUAUUCUCAGGGCCAAGGGCCUCAAGCCCAUGGAUUUCAACGGCCUGGCGGACCCCUAUGUCAAGUUACAUCUGCUGCCUGGGGCCUGCAAGGCCAAUAAGCUAAAAACUAAGACUCAGAGGAACACGCUGAAUCCCGUGUGGAAUGAGGAUCUGACGUACAGUGGGAUCACGGAUGAUGACAUCACCCACAAGGUGCUCAGGAUCUCCGUCUGUGAUGAGGACAAGCUGAGCCACAACGAAUUUAUCGGGGAGAUCCGAGUACCCCUCCGCCGCCUCAAGCCUUCACAGAAGAAACAUUUUAACAUCUGCCUUGAGCGCCAGGUCCCGCUGGCUUCACCCUCCUCCAUGUCGGCGGCACUGAGGGGCAUCUCCUGUUACCUGAAGGAGCUGGAGCAGGCCGAGCAGGGGCCUGGGCUGCUGGAAGAGCGCGGGCGGAUCCUGCUGAGCCUCAGCUACAGUUCCCGGCGCCGGGGGCUGCUGGUGGGCAUCGUGCGCUGCGCCCACCUGGCUGCCAUGGACGUCAACGGCUACUCCGACCCCUACGUCAAGACGUACCUGAGGCCUGACGUGGACAAGAAAUCCAAGCACAAAACGUGUGUGAAGAAGAAGACUCUCAAUCCGGAAUUCAAUGAGGACUUCUUCUACGAGAUGGAGCUCUCUGCUCUGGCCACCAAGACUCUGGAAGUCACAGUCUGGGACUAUGACAUCGGCAAAUCCAACGACUUCAUCGGUGGCGUGUCCCUGGGGCCCGGGGCCCGGGGCGAGGCCCGGAAGCACUGGAGCGACUGUCUGCAGCAGCCAGACGCAGCCCUGGAACGCUGGCACACCCUGACCAGCGAGCUGCCCCCCGCGGCCGGUGCCCUGCCCUCAGCCUGA